UAAAACCAAAAGGGGGGAUUAGAGGCAGCCCAGUGGACUGCAAAGUCCUCCUUCUCCGCUUCAGUGCGUCGAGUCAGCGUGGACGGCACAGUGCAGGAGGGAUUGCUGCUCACAUGCGUGCGACACCCCCCUGCCGUCCUGCCAGAGGACCAAAUAGUCUUCUUUUGGUAUUUGGAGGCAGCAUGUGAAGAAGUGAAGGAACUUCGGGGGGGGGCAUCGUUCAUGGACAUGGGUCAUAUUGAUGGUGCCACUCUACUAGCGUUUGGCGCCGCCAUGUGUGCGGCGCUGCUUUGCGGCUCGGGUGUCAGCUCCAUCAGGACCACACAUGAGAUGGACGCUUCAAGCGGCAAGUGUCCCGACAAUAAAAUUCUAACCGUGGAGUAUCCUUGCGUCCAAGCUGGAGGGAAGAGCGGUACUUGCUUCAGGAGGAAAUGCUGUGAGGGCUUCAGGUUUGUGAUGGGCAGGUGCUUACCUGAAAGCGUGGACGUGUGUGCCGAGUCGCCGUGCGAGCAACAGUGCACAGACAAUUUCGGACGGGUGGUGUGUACAUGCUAUCGAGGUUAUCGUUUCGAUCGGGAGAGACACCGCAACCACCAAUCUCCUUAUUGUCUUGACAUAGACGAAUGCAAGGAGUCUGGCGGCAACGUGUGCGAGCAUGAGUGCGUCAACACGGGUGGCAGCUACUUGUGUCGAUGCCAAAGUGGAUACCUUCUGGCUCCCGACCAACAUUCAUGCAUCGCCGUGCACAACUUGAGUUCAUCAGGAAAGUCAGACACGCUAAUGAGCGCGGGCACCUGCUCCUUUACCUGCCAGGACUUCAUGACCAUGAAAAGCAGUCUGCUGCAAAUAAAACUGAGGCUGGCCAGUCCGCAGGCUUCUGAUCUGCUGGCCAACCGCAGCGACAAACCUUCCCAUAGGAGGUCGGGAAAAAAUCCUGACAGAUUGUGCCGUCCUGGUCUACCUGGACCUCCAGGACCUCCUGGAGUCCCAGGUCACCCAGGGGGUCCAGGAGCUAGAGGAGACUCAGGCGAGGGAGGCCCCCCAGGUCCUCGGGGCCCCCGGGGGGACAUUGGACCCAUCGGUCCAGAGCCUGAUCUGAGACACAUCAAAAGAGGUCGCAGAGGACCAGUGGGACCACCCGGGGCCCCCGGAAGAGAUGGUUUAAAGGGUGAUAGAGGAGCCGAUGGUCCCAGUGGUCCCCCUGGCCCCCCUGGCUCCUUUGACUUCCUACUGCUGAUGAUGGCCGACAUUCGCAACGAUAUCAUCGAGCUUCAGGAGAAAGUGUUUGGAGAGAGAAGGGGCAUCUCGUUGGACUCUUAUCCCUCUGUCGGGGAGCCCGAUUUCACCGAGUGGGGGUCCGGCCAAGGGGACCUCAUGUUCAGUACCUGAACUUAUUGGAAUGCUGCUGGUGACAUUAUCAGAAAAAAUGAGAAUUCUUGAAGGACAUAAUGGACUUGAAAGGACAAGCCUUAUUGCUAGCGUUCUCUCCUAUUGCUGCAGGUUAGCAUGCAAGCACAGAUUCUCGCCUGGAAUUUGAAUUCUUUAUUGUCAGUGUGCACUGAGUGGGAAUAAAGUCAUAUUCUCUGA